CCAUACCAGUGUAACUCCAGUGUGUUGGUCACUGAGAGAGGCGGCUGCCGAGUGACGAUGCCGGAUGGGAAGGACUUUGGAGCGCUGCUGAGGCAGUAACCGAGAAGGAAGGCAGCAGCGUCCAACUGCUUCUUGUCAUCUCUCUCUCUCUCUCUCUCUGUGAACACAUUUUGUUUUGGCUCGGACUGCAUUACAUUUACAGCAGCUUGUUUCCCCCCAACCCCCUCCAGAAGAGAAUUCUUUAAAAAAAAACCUCGACUUUUUUUUUUGCCUCUUGCAAUCCUCUUGGCGAUUUGAGACGCGAAGCAAACCGAGCACUUGUACACAGUUUGGAUACAGACGGGCAGAUCUGUUUUUCAGGGGUUUUUGGAACAGAUUUAUAUUGUUGGAUUUUCCCCUUUUUUUUGGUCGCUUGGAGUUUUGCCUGCACCAGGUUGCCGUUUGUGGAAGUGUUUUUUUUUCUUGUGUGUGCUUGCGUUGGAGGCUCGGCUCGGACUCGCUAUGCGGCUGUGUGUGGUGUCGUCUCCGGCCAGAAUGGGACCUGGCCCCGGCUCUCAACUGACGGGCUUUUACCCCGGCAGGUGGCUCAUGUUACUCGCGCUCAGGUUACUUUUCCUUGUGCCUGCAGGGGAGCCGGUCGGGCGCAGUGACAGCAACAUGCCCAAAGCAAUGGACAACGUGACGGUGAGACAAGGCGACAACGCCGUUCUCAGGUGCUUAAUUGACAGUGGCGUGACACGUGUGGCAUGGCUGAAUCGCUCCAGCAUACUCUACGCAGGGAAGGAUAAGUGGUCACUAGACCCUCGAGUGGUUAUAGUGACGAACAGCAAAACAGAAUACAGCAUUCAGAUAAUGUCCGUGGAUGUGUACGAUGAAGGCCCUUACACUUGUUCAGUUCAAACUCACAACCAUCCCAGGACAACUCGGGUACAUAUAAUUGUACAAGUUCCACCAAAAAUCGUCAACAUUUCCAGUAGUGUCUCUGUGAACGAGGGCAGCAACGUGACACUCCUGUGCCUCGCUAUUGGACGGCCAGAGCCCACUGUGACAUGGCGCCAUCUUUCUCCAACAGCUCGAGGUUUUGCCAGCGAUGAGGAGUAUUUGGAAAUCACAGGAAUUGCAAAGGAAGAUGCUGGUGAAUAUGAGUGCAGCGCCUAUAAUGAUGUGUCAUCUGCUGACGUACGGAAAGUACAAGUAAUAGUAAACUAUCCACCAUUGAUCCUUGAAACAAGGAAUGUUGGGGCAGCAGUAGGGCAGAAGGGAAUCCUCCAGUGUGAAGCGUAUGCUGUUCCAUCGGCAGACUUUGAAUGGUACAAAGAAGACCGAAGGCUUUUUAAUGGACUCAAUGGUAUACAAAUUAAGAAAAAUGGAGAUAUAUCUGUGCUUACAUUCUUUAAUGUUUCGGAAGAGGAUUAUGGAAACUACACCUGUGUGGCAAUGAACAAACUUGGCGCCUCAAAUACAAGUGUUCUUCUCUUUGAAGUAAGUGAGCCUACGAGCUCAACCCAGAUUCAAGAAGAGAAAACUUCCACAAUUCUUGCAAAUUGGAAAGGUCCUGGAGCAGUGCUUGAUGGGAAUAACCGCGCGCCUGCAGGAAUGACUCCAUCACUAUGGCUACUGGUGAUACUCUUCGUCCACUUCCUCUUCAAAUUUUGACGUGGCGUGCCACCAUUGAACAGCGCACUGCCUCUAACCCGAACAGAACAAAUAAACUUUGCCCUGCACAGGUUGUGCACAGGCUAUAAAACAUCGCGUAUAGGUUCUGUGCUGACAAGUAUUUGUUUUUUGUGAGUCCAUACUGAUAUUUCCCCUCUGUUGGCUGCAGGGCGCUGGUGCAUAUUUGCUGUCAGAACUGUUAGUUCGGUUACUGUUGAUUUUCCAAUUUUUAAUCCUCCAUGUUUUAGCUGAUGUAGUGUUUACAUAUUUUAUGCUUUUAAUGAUGUUUAUUUAUGCAGGUACCUUGCCCUCACGUACGUAAAGCUGUCUGUGGUUUUACUGGGUGGAUGAUAUAAUUUACCUGUAUACUAUUUGUAGACUACCAGUAAAUAAUGUAAUAUGCCUGUAGACCAUUGGCUAAUUAACAGGUGGACUGUAGCCCAUUGGCUAGCUGAGCAAGCGUUUAGCAAAUAAGCUGCACACUUAUAACAAAAGGGGCAGUUUUACAUUAAAGUUUAAGGAUCUUUAUCUUAGAGCAAUUCUAUUUCAGAAAUAUAUCUCACUAACGUUUAGGCCCAUAUCGACUUUCACCCUAAUAUAUAAAUUGUGGAAACUAAUACAAUUGUAUCUGUCAUGUACGUUAAAGUAAAUAUAUAACUCCUCAGUUUCCAUUUGAUUGUGUAUUAUGUGUGCACAUAACCAUAUUUCUGCACUGAGUCCAAUAUACUUACAAAACCUGCUGAAGGCUUUUCCUGUGUUGCAGUGGAACGAGGCCACAAUUGCUAACCAAUCACAAGAGAAUGCGAUGGCCAUAUGAAAUGCAUUCAGGGAAGGCCUUUCCAGCAUCCUGUACUAUUGGUGUCUCCAAGUUUCUGUGUUACUAGUUUAUAAAAAGGGAAGCCAUGUGAUUGCUUAAAGCUGCAGUAUCCCUUUUAUUUUGUUGGCAUGAUGCAUUUCAACGAGAAAUUAAAUGUAAACAAUGGUACCCGUUUAAAAACUACUUCUGGCUACGUGAGAUUUUGUUCUAAUUUUUUUUGUUGCAGAAGAUAGUUGGAAUAAUCUUGGAGGUAAUGUUAGACUUUGAACUUCGGAUGUUUGCGGUUAUUUUAAUCUCAAGCUAUGAUUGUUCGCUUCUCAUUUAUUUUAAGUUGAGAAAUCUCAGUUUGUAGGGUUGACAGUAAGAUCGAUUGCUGUACCCAGCAAGCCUCAGGCAGAAGAUGAUUGUGUGCUUGGAUCAUCUUCUACCUAAGAAUUGAUCCCAUCAUGAGCACUAAACACACCACUUAGCAGUUCUACUCUGCAUAUUAAAUUCAGUUCUGCUUCAGUAAACAAAGCCAAAUUUUGGAAGCAGAGUACAAGAUGCAACUUUUGCUAUGUAGCAUGUUUAGUACUACUGUGAUGAUAAUAUUUUAGGCGAUAGUUUUCCCACAAUAUGACUGUACAAAUCUGGGCCAAGUGGAACCUGAAAUGCUGACCUUUUGUUCCUUUGAAGUGCUAUUAUGCAAUUGAGCCACUUAGCAAAUUCUAGACCAGAGGAAUUUUUUUUCUCAGAAGUGGGAGGUAUGGCAUGAGUGGAAGUUGGUAGGUAACACAGGAAUAAAGGGUCUUUCUAAUGUUAUCCUGGAGUUGCUUCAGUGUUGCAUACUUUUCGGUUGAAUAAUACAAAACUGUUUAAUUGUGUUGGAAUGAAACUUUCAAGUAUUCAAAUAUGUGCUUGAAAAAACACAGUAGCCUCUUGCAGCCUUCCAGGUAGAAAGCAGUUUGUUCGGGUAGUAAUGCAUUGGCUGAGAACUAGUCACUAAAUCACUUCAGGUUCCGACAAUGUCACAGAAGUUUCUUCCUGGAACUGCUGACACAUUAUGAACCAGGAUUGCCUUUCACUGCACUGCAAAUUACCCCAAUUUUAAAAUGUUAAGUGCAAGGUGGAGAGUUUGCUUCUGAAGUCGAAAACUAAUAUAUGCUGCAAAUUAUAUCAAUAUAUUCUCAACUUAAUAAUGAAAAUAUCAUAAAAGAUCAACUUAAAUUUUGUGAACCAGACUUCAACCCUUCACACACCUUUUCUGAGCUCAGAGGUGAGCUGAUUGAAUGCAUGGUCUCACAGAAUCAACCUUUUCUGUGCUUAAGCUUGAGCUACCUUGAAGCAGUAAGAGCAAUAUUACAGAAUACACAGGAAUGGUGAAAUAUAUUAAAACUUACUACUAAAAAUAACAAUGUAGAUUUGGCUAAUUUUGUUAUUUCAGAGCCACGAAGGUACCUUGAAUUAUAUAAUAAUUAUAAAUGAAACUCCAAUCCAACAGAUAACAUGCUGUUCUGUGAUAUUAUUUGUUUCAGUUCUUUAAGGAUGAAGGAUUUUCUUUGAAUUUCUGACCACUGUCAUGUUUUUGUCACAUAUUAAAUGGCUUUUUGCAGCAACAGAGCAGGGCACAAUGCUGAAUACUGUGAAAUACAAUCGGAUCAAAGCACAUGUGGCAAAUUGUGCCUGCAAGGUGGAGUAAAGGAAGUCAUAAAUAAACAGAGCAGCAUUUCCUUUAGUGGUAAGUUAAUUUUCUGCUCUUCCUGUUUUCAAAGUCACCCCACACUCAACCCACCUGCCCAAGCAAAGACUACAAGCUGAGUGCCAGGUCCGCAGAUACAGAACAACUUUGCAAUGAAUGAGAUUUGUACUGGUUGAGUACCCAGAGUUGUUAGUAACCCAUAUACUGUUUAAUCAAAGUGUAUUCCUCCCUACAUUGCCUUACAACAGCAUGUUAGGGAUUCAGACCUCAUCACUUGAAGGGAUAUACAUCCAGAUGUGUCACGCCCGAAGGUUCCUUUACUAUCAUUGUCGUAUUUAACUUCUUGCUAAUUUCAACACUGUCAUCCACUUUUACUGAACACUUAGUUUGUUGUUCAGCCAAAGCAAUUGAUACAGAUCAGCUUUCAGAUGCUUAAUGCAGGAUAUUCUUUUUCAGCCUCCACAAUACCUGUUGUAACAUGAUGGUAUACAUUUUACUAAAAGGUGGUUAAAAUUCCCUGUACAUUCCCUGAUGUGAACUGAUAAGUAGAUGUUGGAGAUGAUGCAGGAAGUAAUUGUCUUUAUAUCAGAAUGUAGAUGUUUUUUACUGAACUUCCAAUUCUCUUAUGGGUUCAGUACCCAUAAAUUCAUCUUAUUUUUUACACAGUGCUCUUUAAGGUGAUGCCCUUCAAUUUUUUUCUCAAAUAUGACACCUUACAAUGCAUACCUUAUAAGCUGGAGUUUUAAAGCUUCAAAGUUACAUGAGGCUUAUUGCUCCUGUAGUGAAUUAAUAUUAUUACUGAUCAUUUUCAGAACUACUUUCAUCAACUGUCUUUAAGUUCACAUGCAAGCACAAGAAAACUAAUUACAACUCUAAAAAUGCCAAAUCUUUUAUGUGCAUUGGAACAAUAGAACAGGCUUCAAUUAUUUGAUAUUUAGCUGGAAGGAUGUUGGGUUCUUUCCAGCUGACAUGUUCUUACUUGGUUGAGGUUUAUCCUUGGUUAUAUUUGGAAAAGCUAGCAAGAUCUCACUGAGAAGGAAAAACUAACCAUGCUUAAAUCUACCUAAUUUAUCUCUACCUCUGCAGCAGCUGUGGAGACAUCCUCAGACCUGACAAUCCCGAACUGGUAAAUCCAUGAGGUUGUUGGAAUCCAUGACCAACCAAUGUAUAUUUUGCAAAUACUUUAGGUUUUGUCAUUUUUAAUCUUUUUUUUCAAUGAUGGGCUGCUAACAGCCAAUCUGUAACUUUAGUCAUGAAUAAGUCACACAGAAAAUUAUAGAAGAGCCAACUUCACAGAAUCACAGAAUGCUUGCACCACAGAAGGAAGCCAUUCAGCUGGUUAAGUCUGAUUGUUUCUAUGCAAGAGCAAUCCAGGCAGAUAGUAUAGACCCACUCUAUCCCCACAGCCCCGCAAACUCUUCCACUUGGAUACACAUCCAGCUUCUUGAAUAUCACAGCUGCCUCCUCUAUGAGUAGAGCAGUGCAUUCCAGACCCUGCCAAUCACUUUCAUUUUGGUUCUUGGCACCUCUGUUUCUCUCCACCUGCCUGUCUGUACCCUUUAUGAUUUUAAAUACCUUUAACAGAUCCAAGUGGAACAGCCCCAGUCUAGCCACAUAACCAAGUCCCCCGUUACUCAAAUCAUAUGAAUAAAUCGCCUCUGCACCCUCUCUAAAGCUUUGUACAUCUUUCCUGAACUGUGGCACCCAACUCUAGUGGUGGCUUGAACUGUGUUUAAUAAAGGUCCAAAAUGACACAUGGUUUUGUUGCUCUUACACUCUAUCCCCCUAUCUAUAAAGUCUAGGAUCCCCUUUGCUUUUCAAGCACCUUCUCAACCUGCCCUGUCACAUUCAAUGAACUGUGUGGAUAUGCUCCCCAGUUCUCUCUGUUCUUUUUUAGAUCUGUGCCCUCUACUUUGUAUUAUCUUAUCCAUCCUACCUAAAUGUAACACCUUGCAUUCACGGCAAUAAGCCCAUCUAUCCACUCUUCUACUAGCUUGUCUCGCUGAGGCCUAUUAUUCUUCACACAGAUCAUUCUGCCUCCGAGCUUUUAAUUUUAAUUUUCUGGAGAUGCUUUGCUUCUUAGUUAGCUUAGUACCGACACACAAAGUGAUCCAGGCCAAAAGGUCCAGCAUUCAAUCCUCAGUCUCUGCGUCUUUGUCUAAUCUUAACCAUGACAGCAAUUUGAUUCAAUGCCAUUGAGAAGGAAAGGUAAAUAGCAAUUAUUCUUAAUUAUUGUUAUUCAGUGCUUUCUGUACCAUAUAUGCACUUUGUGACAACGGGAUCAGGCACCUUUGAAGCUCUGUGAUAGAUCAGGCUGCUUAAAAAUUGCCUCAGCUCAGAUGAAGAACAGUGAGAGAGAGCUGCUGGUGGAAAUGUCCUUCACAGCAAAUUAUGGCCAAAUAAUCUCUGAGAUAUUUCCAGAGAUGAAUUGUUUUUGGAAACUUCUAUGUUAUUUCUGAAAAUGUAAUUGAAGGAUUUUUCAGGCAGUAUUUUGAUGCAUGGAGUGCAGUUUUGUGGCCACAGUUUCUCGCUUUAGUGUGUGUGUGUCAAGCAAGUUAUUUGCCUGCCUUGAAGAUGCCAGGCAAACUGAUCAGGUAGCUAGGACACCUGGCCAUGGCUGGUGAGUCCUUCUUACCAUGUGCUGUUGGUCUUAAUGAUACCAUUAGAACCAGAUUUUAACUCAGCGCACAAAGAGGCAGGGGAUUUACUGCCAAACCAACAGUGAAAUAUAUCAGGCCCAAAGGAAUGAGUACUUCUGCCAUUUUCUUUUCCUUGUGGGUUCAGGAAGAAGAAUUAUAUUUCCUACAGAUCACACAAGGAAAGUUUAAGUAACAUGGACUGCCCCCCUUUCUUCCAGUUACACCAGAAUUCCUUGGCAACCGAUUUUUCCAUUGCCUAUCUCAAUAAAAUUUUCUGCCAUCUCCCUCCCCAGAAUGGGUGAGAAAUCGCCUGGUGGAAGUUAAAUCAGGCACUUGAGAUGAAAAGUAAUCAUUAGUCUUAUUUCUGGAACAGUGGGUGAGUUUUUAGCUCUGCCACCAAAUGCGAUGCAGAGUUCAAAUUAGGGCCAGUGUCUAUCCCUGGUUGGACUGUCAAGUAGGAAUGGAGGGUUGGGGGCAGGUGCUCUCCAACUAAAGGAAGGAAAUCAGAGGGUGAACCAGCAUAGCCAGUCUUUCUCAGUGCCUGAACUCAAGUUUCUGAGAUGUCUCUUUUGCACUCUUGGGAGGUUCACUGUCCAUGAUGUGCAAGGGAUCAAAAAAAGGCUGAAGGUAUCAGCCAAAUUCGGAUGAUUAAUUUUCAUACAUUUCUCCAGUUUUACUCUCUCUCAUUCAGCAUUACAGUUUAUCUCCAGAUAUCUUAAACAAGAUUUUCAAAAGAAUUUAAAUAUUCAAAAUUGAUCAAGACAUCAAGAACUGCUGUUUACAAUCAGGUAAAGAACAGAAUGCUCAUAAACAUAAUGUAAAAUAGAUCACUUCAGAUAAAAUCAAGAUGGUCCCCAUUUCAAGAUGCUCCUGGUUAUUAUUUAAUGGUAAAGGAUAGUUGAGUUUGCUUGAAAGAAAAUUACAUAUAUUUGCAUUUUAUAUGAGCGUUGGUGCAUUACACUGUCCACAGCCUAUAGAAAUGCAUGAGCUGGGAUAAUCUCAACCCUGAAAUCAAAACAAACAAAUUUAAAUUCUGGGUCAGUCCAAGUGAAUUUAUGUUGGUUGCUUAUCACUUUAAACAAAAUGACAUCAUUGGAAAUCUUGCCAAUAGUAGGAAUAGUCACCUGGUGUGUAGUUGAGAGUGAACCAUUGGUUGCUAUUUUAGUUCAAAUUCCAACCAUUCAAAUUUCUCUAACCAGGGUACAGAAGAAUUUAUAUUCAUUUACAAACUGGAUCCAUCCUCUUCAUCUUGAAUGGCCUUUCUGACAUUUAAUCGUGCCAGGAAUGGUUGUGUAAAAUUAAUGAUGAAUUCCCUUGGGGUUUCUAAGUCUUUCUGCUGAAGUUACAGCAGGCAGGCGAAGAAAUUGUUUUGAAAAUUCACCCCCAAUUGUAGACCUGGUCAGAGCUUGGGUAGGAUGCCACCCGGGAGUAUCAGGUCCUCACUGCCUCGGGAAGCAGAUGAUCAUCAGGCAGACUAAAUACAAUAAAAAAUCUCAGUGACAUUAAAUGCACUGAGAAAAGAUGAAUUCUUUCUUCAGACUUCCAUAGACUUCAUUUCAUUACUGCCUAAAAUAGAACAGCACAUGUUAUAUGCUUUUGCAGAAAAAGGUACACUGUCGCUUGGAGUUUGCUAGUGCUGUAAAACUACCACCAGUACAUUUCUCAUCCCAUCAACACAAUGCCUGAUUGUUCAUCUGUCUGUCUCACCAGUAGAUAUAGACACCUGCCAGACAGUGAACUUUGGAAGAAUGUGUACUUGCUCUCUCUUUUGAUCCAUCUUUUAAUGCUGAAGCUCCUGAUUGUCAUAAGACUUGCACCAUCACCCAGUUGAAGCUGCUCUCUGAUAGAUCGAGACCCUUCCAUGAGGUUGCUUCUGACCACUUACAGGUAUUACUUCCAUCUUUCCAUAAAAACAAACCUGUUACUUGAUGAAAUAAUAUCAAGCUGUAGAUAUCACUUGUACAUUUGAAGAUUGAUUUUUUUUUAUUUUGUGAAGGUAUGCUGUAAGGUGUAGUCAUUUUUUUUCUUAAUUAUGUUUGUAUCCCUUUGCAAGAAGACUGUCUCCACUAUACUCCCACUCCAUUUAUUAAUUAGGUAAACCAAAAGAAUUCCAAGUGCUCAGCCAGUCCUGUUAGCUAUUAAAUGUGUUCUCCAUGCAUUCUGUAGGACAUGGCCACCAUCACCAGUUCAUUUGUUAAAUUUGGUCAUGUGUAUGCUCUCAUUCAGAUGUCCUUGCCAUGAAAAGUGGGAAGUUCAGGUGAACUGCAAAACAGUGAGGAUCUAAAGAGCCGCAUAUACAUGCUGAAGUGACAGUCUUAUCAGCUCAUGUUUUAAAAAUGUAAGCUUCCUUCACAAGAUUAAUUCAGUUCCUAUACCCUUAACAAACCUACAAAGAGCUGGAAGCAUAUUUCAGCAGCAUAGGUCAAAUCUACUGCAGGCAUCUGAUUGUGGUAAAUAAAACAUAACAAACAAAAAAACCCAUCCCACUUUAAUCAACGUUAAACUGCACCACUUAAAAAGUGAGCAGUGACAAAUAGUAAACCCAGAUUGCAACAUCAGUUGAUAUUCCACAUUAAUACAAAGCUGAACUCCUGCCUCAAGACCUGGCAUCACCAUUGUAGAAGUAAAGAGAUGUUUACCCUUUUUGCUUUUUAUUUCUAUUGAUUGCAGAUCCUUUUCAUGACAUCUUUUGGGUGAGCACUUAAUCCUACUCCUGCAAAUUACAGAAAAGGGUAUCAGGAGAGAUAGUGUGAAGUGAUCCCCAGGUAACAAUGACAACAACCUAUUCAAAUGGAAUCAUAAAUUUAAACCUGAGAAGGUUUAUAAUCAUCAUGUUAACCUUGAGAGGAACUUGCUGCCUUAAUCAUUCCUUUGUAUCUUGAUGUUGUGUGGUGAAACCUAAGUCAUUCUGUUAAUUAGUGUCAAAAUAGAUUUCCAGGGGCAUAUUAGCAGCCAUAGAAUUGAUAAUGUCAUUGUGGUACUACUGGUGUGAUAUAAUCAUGGUACAAUUAAUAAUUGUGAUCAGGAGAUGUGGCAGUAUUCUACAGCAAGGGCUAGAAUUAUUUCUGUUUUGUAUUUGGUUUAGUUUGUAAUUUCUUUCUGAGUUAUUAUUUGACAAGACAAACAUUUGGGCUUGUAUAUCAACUUUUGGUUUCUGCAAAGAAUUACUAAUGAUAAUGAUAAUACCUGCACUUUGAAAGUCAACUAUUGCCAUCUCUAUUUUUACUAUUCUAGAUUUCUUUUUCCCCUCAAAAUCAUUCCAUCACUUCAUUGACUGGUGUAUACUAUCAUGUAGUCACAAAAAAAUAUGAUUGCUCAAUCGCUUGUGCACGAUAUCCAAAUUCCUAAUGAAAAAUAAGUGCUUGACAUUAAAAUAUAUAUAACCGAAGAAAAGAUUAUUCGUAUAUAUACUUAAAACUGAAGUUUCUAAGUAGGGCUUUAGAAUGUAUUUUCAGUUAUUAUUGGUUAAAACAGAGAAAAAAAAUCUGGCCCGACAGAGAAUACCAAAUAAGUACAGGGACAGAGAAGAUAAAACGUAUUUUAUGGGAAUGUAUUAUAUAUAGGAGAUUAAAUAGUGUAGAGGAUGAUACAUAGUGUGGGGGAAUAUAAUAAAGACAAAAUAAUAGUCUGGAAGGUAUAACCUGCAGAAUAUUAGAUAAUGUGGAUAGUGUUGCAAAGGCAGGAGGAAGUAGUGAAUGGUGUGGAUGGAUUAUGCUACAUAUGCUAUGUAAUAUUCUGAAGGAAACUUCCAGGCAAUGUUAUACUAAGGGUACCAUAAACUGAGCAACUUGUAUAAAACUGUAGGGAUUUUUUUCCCUUUCAAUUAAUCCCUCCAAUGUACUCCCAAAUGUUUUUGUUUGCACGUUCCUUUCUCAAGAAGGUCGCAUUUGCUUCACUCUUACUAGUUUCAGUCCCUUUUCCCUAUUGACAACAUGAAUAAUGAGAAUGUAUUUCUCUGCCAUAUGGUACCGUAUGGAUGUUAUCAGAAACCAGGCCAUUCUGCUAAGCUAAAGGAUAGUGAGAAUAUUAUUUCCCAUUUAGCCUGUUAUUACAUCAUAUUCCUUGAUCUGAUAUCACAUCACAUGCCAGUUCAGUAGAAUAAAUUGCAGACAACGCUGACUGAACUUGCCAACGAUCACAGCAUGACUUUGUUCAGCCUGUGGUAAUAUAGAAGUGAGUUAGGAAUUGGAGUUGCCACAUGUUAUAUUACUGGAAUGUUCAGCCUGCCUAAGGUGUUUGAAUUGAGAUUUUUUUUGUAAUUCUUGGAAAUCAAAAAUCUGCAGGUCUUAGAAACCUGAAAUUAAAAAUGCCAAUGCUGAAAUACUCAGCAUCUGUGGAGAGAGAACAAAAUCACAGGUCAUUGACUUGAAACAUUAACUGUUUUUCCCUCCAGAGAUGUUGCUUGACCUGCUGGGCAUUCCCAGCACUUUCUGUUUUUGGACCUUUGGCUGGUAAUGAAUUGCACUCCUUUGAAGCAGCUGUCUACUUACAUUACUGAUUUUACUUCAUGUCUGCAACAAAUUUGGUUGCUUGCAAAAAAUUAUUUUUCUUUAAUGCAAUUCUACAGAUGUGAAAUGGAAGAAGGAAGUGUAGAAAGGCCUGUUGUGGAACUGGGGAUGGCUAUUCAUUCAGUAUUAAUAAUAAAGGGUUGAUUUUUCUCUCUGUUAUUUAUUUGCUGUAAGUGGCUGAAGAGAGGCUUUGGUUAUUAUUUGCUUUAACAGUGAUUUAAAUCAAAAGUGUCCAAAUGGUGUCGGAACAAAUUUGCAUCAGGCAUUUUGAUAAUGACUGCAGGAUAUGGUUCUGGAAUUUUGAGUUAUCUGCACCUGGCAUGGUGCCACCCUGGAAUAUUUGUGUAGUGGAGUUAAUGUGCUAAGCCAAGCAAACAGAGAAGGACCUGUAAUUUCACCAUUUUAGUAGUGCUGAUUAUUUAAUUUCACAUUAUUCAUACCAAAGUAACUCCAACACAUCUAAUUAACACAUAUUGCAAAGAAAUACUUUGAAAGACUAUGCUCUUAUUUUGGAAUUCAUUUUACAUAUCUUGAUUUUUGUUUAAUCAAUGUGUGACAGAAUUGACACAUUAGAGGAACAUUUCCUCUGUGCUGGUACCAUAAACAAGUUUACAAAGUACUGCCUGGAAAUAAGAUCCCUCGCGCCUGUUUGUCAUGAACAAAUUCUAUAUAACCCAGGUUAGUCUGCACAGGCUAUCAUUUUCAGGUGAAAUCAAGCCUGUCAGGAAAUUGGCCUGAUCACUUCGGCAUGCUAUUCACCUCAGCGUGUCUGACGUUUUUCUAGUGCCAGUCACAUACCGUAGAACAUCACAAGUCACACAUAUCCUACUGUGUCAGCAUAAAUUAUUGCUUUUGACUGCAACCUCCAACUAUCGUUAGACAUUAAGAUAAAAUAGGUGCACAGCACACUGAAUUUGCCAGUCACGAGUUAAACACAUCCAUUCUGACAUUGAUAUCCUUCACACAGCUUCUGUCAGCCUCAAUAUUCCAUGCUCGGGAUAUUUCAAACCCUAUCAAUGCUUGUUCUCUCAUUGAUUUACACUGUGCACAUCAGAGCCACAUCUCUGCCUGGUGGUGAUUCUUCACCUCGCAAUCCACUCACGAGAUGGGACUCCAUCAGGACUGAUGAUUACAUGGAGGUUGUGGGUGCCUAUUUAUAUUGAAGAUCACCACAUUGCUCUGCCCCCGUGUUCUUUCAUACCUCCAUGGUAGCCUUUUAUGCAGCUGUUCUGUGACUGCCAAAGGAGAAUUCCUUUAAGGUCUGCAUUGGUGAGUAUUAGCAAUAAGGAGAGGUUGGAAAAACUUGGAUUGUUUUCUCUGGGGCGUCAGAGGCUGAGGUGAAAUCUGAUAGAAAUAUAUAAAAUUAUGAGAGGCAUAGAUAGGGUAGAUAGUUUUUUUUCUCCAAGGGAGGAAAUGUCAAAUAUUAGAGGGCAUAGAUUUAAGGUGAGAGGAGAAAAGUUUAAAGGAGAUUUGCAAGGCAAGACAGAGAGUGGUAGGUUUCUGGAACACACUACCAGGCGAGGUGGUAGAAGCAGAUAUGAUGGCAAUGUUUAAGAGGCAUUUAGACAGACACAUGAACAGGCAGGGAACAGAGGGAUACAGACCACGUGCACACAAGAUGGGAUGAGUUAGAUUGGCAUCAUAGUUAGCAUGGACAAGUUGGGCCGAAGAGCCUGUGCCUGUUCUGUACUGUUCUAUGUUUCGUGUCUGACACCUCUCUAGUGACCAGCAUGGCAAAGGUUCACCAAUCGGUACUAACCAAGCAGUGCCCAAAGGGAAACACACGGAUCAUGUUUUAGGCACAGAAAGAGCUCUCACAUAUCUUCUUCUAACACAUUUUUUGGUAAAUAUUGCUUUUAUGUGAGGGAUCCAAUUGGGGAUUAACCCUAUACACACCAUAGUUUCGGCACACAAAAAGAUGAAACCCAAUUUCUAGAAAAGCAUGUUUACUAUUUUGUUACACACUGUGCACAAAGGAACACCAUCCUUCAAGUUUCCAAGUGUUGUGUGCAUUUAAAAAAACUACUUGUCAAAGACCCUGCACACAAUAAGUCACGAAGAGAAAUAUUUCCUGAAGACGUCUGUUCACUGUUACAGUGAAAAGUUCACAAAUUCUUCUCAGACAACUUAGUGGACAGCUCCAAUUGAAGAACCAUCAGUAAAUUCUAUGAUUCAAUUUUCCAACUGUAAGGAGACAUUCAACUAUGCUAAUACACAUCGCCUCUGCAGCAGUAAUACCAGUAGAGAGCAUUAAUUUGUGUUUAGUUGCACUGUUGACUGGUAAUGUAGCUCAUUGCUUAAGAAAGGAGAGAUUUACUGUGCCAUCCUACUUUGAAAGGUAAUAAAAAAAAUAGAACAACAGAUUGUUGAGAUGGUGAAAAUAGCAGAAAAAAAGAGUUAGGAAUGGCUGUGAUAGGAAAAUAAGGAAAUUAGAGAUGAAAAUGAUAAGUUGAAAAUAUUUUCAGUCAGGAUUUUUUUUUAAAUCAUGACUUACUUUAGCAAUAUUCCAAGUAUCACAUAGUGAAGUGAUUUGUUCCUUGGGUGAACUGAGAUAUUGAAAAAGAAUAGUGAAGUCACAAAGUAGGGGAAGUUUUUUUCUGGCCAGUUUACCUUGAGUGCAGGACAGGCAGCACAUCCACUCUACCCACCUGGUGUAUUUAGUUCUCAUCAUUAACUCUCGGGAAUAUUAAAGCAUUGAGCUGCCCGCAUUAAUCUUGGUCUUGUGGGCAGUUCACCAAAUGAGGGAGCAGUAAGUCCAACAAGGCCUCUAAGCUUGAAGGGCCUAUUGCCAGAAUCAAUAAGAGGAAGGUAAAAAAGAAACACAAUGCAUAAAGGCAGGGGAAUUAUUGCAGCAAAUACAGCAAAGACAUCAGGAACAGAAGGUCCCUGGGUUAUGGAAGAUCCGACUUACAGAAAUCUGACUUUAUACAUAUUCUUCUGUCAGGUACAGGACUCGAAUAUCUGCAGCAGGAAACAAUGCAGAGAUCACCCAUAGAAAAUGCAUUCUCCAAACUCUCCUUGAGAUGAGAUCAAAUGUUAUAAACCCAUUAGCACACACUUUAUUAAACUAUCAAUAGUUUUCCUGCUGAAUAGCAGAUCAGCUCCCCACAUUAUUCCACCGAGGCUGCAUUCAGACAAGUACUUGUCACAGUUCACUUGCUGGUAACAACUCCAAUCACCUACACUGACCUUCCCCAGUCUAUUCUUUGCAAACAGUCCCUGAGGGCCGUAAAGAUUUUACAUUACUGUUUUGGGCAAAUUGUUUGUUUCUGACUUAUGGAAAGUUCUCAGGAAUGGAAUCCUUACAUAACCCAGGGACUCCCUGUUUUAGAAGCUCAAGAAAUACAACCAGCUGCAGUUGAAAUGAGUGACAGAUCUGCACAGCUUUCCUCUCCUGUGGCUAACAGUUCCUUCAAAUCUCACUCAAAUUACCUUACCUUGCAAUUUUGGAAGAGGUGAAAAUGACAUUAGGAUGUUAACUGAAUCAACUGAUAAUUAUUUUGUGUACAUUAACGUUUCCGCGUGACAAUUUAAAUUGUAACCUGGAAAUGGAACAAUUGGUGAUCUACAUGGGUCAAUUCUCCAUGAGAUUUGGUUCCUCUGCUGCCUCUGUUUUUAGGUAUAACCAAGGAGGUAGGUAGAUGAAAAAUGCACCCAAUAUUUUUCUACUUGUCUAAAGUUUGGAACAAGUGUAAUUGAGAAUGGUAGACAUUUGAUGUCAGCCAGAGAAAAUAUAGAAGCUGGAAAAUAAGUUCUUUUUCUUUUUAUUGGAUGUGUUCUGAAGAAUCUGUUUUAUUUGUACUUCAAUCUGUGGCUUUUCCGGUGUGUUUUGGACAGUGUCCAAUUUUAGAGAAGUGGAAAUCCCAUUGAAGAUGAUCCUUCAUUCUUUGAUGAGUUUUGGCACAGUUACUAAGCUUCCAUUCAUGUUCAGGCAUCAAAACUGUACUCCCUACUGUAAUAAUACCUUCACAUUUAAAAUGCAUAUCGUAGGAUUUAAAGAGUAAAUUUUGCUUGCAAAAUGAAUUAAAACCCACAAAACUCACAGUUAUGCUGCAUGAGCAACUGAAAUGUGGAAAACAAAGGCAUCCAUAGCCUUGAUGGCUCUCUAUAUCUUCUGUGUUUGAAUGGUUCUGUUUGUAGUAUUGAGUGUUUGAUUCCCCAGUUAAAAUGGACUACUUUUUAAUUAAAACGCCAAGUGAGAAGAAAUUGUACAAAACAUGUGUGAAAAUAUCAAUCACUACUUACACUCAAUUUCCCUCAGAUUUUGUUCCAGUGUGAAACUGAAUGUAAAGGAAAAUGUAAUUGGUAACUGAUAUUAUUACACAUCGUUUAUCACUGAAGAUGAACUUUCUCCCUGCAUCCACCCUUCCAAUGAAUGCUUGGUAGAUGUCAGGGAAAGUUGCAUCUGACAUACAGAGACUGGAAAUGGGACAGGAUACAGAACACUGGAUUGAUUCAGACCCUGACAAUUAGUGGAAGUCAGAACAAUCAUGGCAACAGGGGUAGAUUUGAGUUUUUUUGCGAUCACAGCUGAGACAAGCCUGUGUACAGCCUGCAAUAGGGGCCAUCCAUCUGCCACCAUGUAACCUCUUAACCUGCCUCCCUCUUCAAAGUCCAAAUAUUGGCAAGUUGAAUGACACAUCCCAUCAGCUACCACUGUUCAUUCUGCAAGGUGCAUUAACAGACUGUGAAGGCCCCUAUGAUUACGUAGAAUCUAAAAGCAAUAAGACAAAUGUACUAGUGCAGAAUUACUGUCCACAUUCCAGUACUUGCCUCUCCACAGUACAUCAUGGCAGUAUGUCCUCCAUCUACUUAAUUACACUGUACAUAGGAUAGUGAUUACCCAGAUGGGGAGGAUCACUUGUCGUGCAUACUCUGUAUUUUAUGAGUUCCCAAGGAGAGUGAGAGCAGCAGCAUAUCACAACUAAUUAGUCAUCUAAACACAAAGUUAACACUUUUUAAUUGCAUGCUAAUUAUAAUAUAGAUAUUUUUAAAGAUUAUAUAUACGAUAAAAUAUGUUAGCUUACUCAAAACACUGAUAAUUUAAAAUUUAAAUUGUGCAAAUUAAAGUCAUACAAGGUUUAAAUAAAAAUAGUUUCAGUGCACAUUUUCUUCCAGCUUAUAAAAGAUGCAGAACUAUAAAAGAACAGUAAUUACUUAAGAUGAAGAGUUCUCUAGUUACAAUGUUUCCGAUAUGCUUAACUGCAAGGACUGGGUUCAGAAGAGAAUCAUGGUGAUAUUCUUAACUGCAAAGAGUUCAUUGUUGGAUUAUUGCAAUGUGUUGCUACAAUAUCUGAAGUCCUAUCUGCAAUAAUGUCAGCUGCUUCUACUUAGUUUUCAGUUGUCUGCCGUGCAUAUGCCAAUGGAUGUUAUCACCAGUCUGUCAAAUUUCAUAAUCAGGAAGCUAUGUUUUUCAAAAUUAAAUUCACUAUUAUCACUAGUUAAACUAGCUCAAACCUGAUGUGUUUUCUGAUGCUGUCUUUGAAAGAAAUUCCAUUGUGUCACAAUAUAGUUGUCCAAAUUUGCUAUUGUGGUUAUAUUUUAUAUAUUAUAUUAAUGUCAUUGCAGUUCUGUAUUGGGCACAAAAUAACAAAACAAUCCUGUGUUAUACAGUGGAAUUUUUACUGAGAUUUGAGACAGUCUUCUUGUAAUGUACCUAAAAAAAAGUCUAAUGUUUUCUGAUUGCUGAAGUAUGCUAUACAAAACCUCUCCUCUGUAAAAUAAUGCUUAAUUGUUUCCCCUGUGUGACAGAUGUACUGCUGUUAAUAUUACCGUAGUUGUGUUAGUGUAUGUUUUAAUAAGGAUGCAGUGUAAUUGCCAUACAAUAAUCAACCUUCUAAUAAAUAUGUCAUUUUAUGAUGGAGUUCUUUUUAUCCUUUCCUUUAUCUUAAUUGCUUUUUUUUGUAAAACUCAGGAUGUUCAUAUAAGACUAAUCACUCUCGUAGGGGGAGCACCAUUCUGCAAGGGAAGGGCUUACUCCAUGUAAAAACUAUGGCACAGAUAGCUCUUCACUGAGGUGCGCCAGCUCCUGUAAUGUUGCACGAGUUAAUUUUUUUAAUAAUGCACUCAGUUUCGGGAAUGUGACUGCGACAAUUUUCAGUGGCUGCUUCUGUGCAUCGUACCGCUUAGGCAACUCUGUGUUAAGUGGAUCGUGAUUGGUGGCUGUGUCGUUCUUUCUAUGGAGAAGUAAAAACUGGGUGUGUUAUGAGAAUUCUGUGCAACAUGUCUAAAAAUGGAUGUUGCAUACUUUCACAUACACGACCGUCUUUGAUCUAGUACAAUCUUUUAAGACGAUUUACUGCAUCUCACUCAUAUUGCUAAGGUUAGCUAAGGAAAAUUCCACUUAUAUAUGUAUCUUUUUUUCUCCCCCUUGUGACUGCUAUAUUAUAGUUACUGCUAAUGUAUGAAAUGAAAUGUGUAUAAAUUUUGAAAAAUGUACGGAAUAAAAUGGAAAAUUUCUUCAUGACA